AUGGAACCGUUUGGCCUCCAAUGGAUUCAAAAAUGGUGGAGAGAGCCUCUUGAAAGUGCAGACAGCUCCUUAGCAGAGGCAACGGUUGAUCGAGCAGACGUUCCCCAGAGCACCCUUAUCAUCAAGAAUGUACGACUUGCACACACAGACAAUGCGAUGGCGGAGCAGCUGUGGACAGUAGAGUGCAGAGGAAAGAAAGUGAAGCAGGUGUCGUUAUCGGACGGAAGCAAUGAUGUGCCUCUGCCGGAAUUUGAUGCGAAAGGGAGCUUGCUGUUACCUUCCCUGUGUCAUUCUCACAUCCAUCUCGACAAGUGCUUCAUACUGGACCGUUGUAAAUUCCUAUCAUUACCAAGGGAUUUCACGGAGGCCAUGAAGGUAACAGCUCGCGCCAAGCAAGAUUUUCGUUACGAUCCAGACGACCUUCUACGGCGCGGAAGACGACUUGUACGCGAAAGCAUCGAAUGCGGCGUUACUUCAAUGCGAGCUCAUGUUGAGGUCGACUCCAUCGUUGGGCUAUCCUCUCUCGCAGCAGCGGUCAGAUUGAGGAAUGAAUUCAAAACAGCGUGUAAUGUACAGAUCGCUGUGUUUGCGCAAGAACCGUUGUUUGACUUUGUCGCGGAUACAACGCCCGGUUCCAAUUAUCGCUUUCUGAAACAGGCUCUCGAAGAUCCUGAGGUAGAAGCCAUUGGUUCGGCCCCUUACGUCGAGGCAAAUAUUGACCAAGCGAAGAAAAAUAUCACUCUGAUCUUGGAGCUAGCAGCUCAAAUGGGUCUUCAUGCCGACUUUCAUCUAGACUAUAAUGUCGAUCCAAAUACUGAGCCGCUCAUUUGGGAGGUUAUCCGGGAGGCAAAGAGAAUUGGCGGUUGGCUUCCUAUUGACAAUGAAUCAUACCGUGGCAUUACCAUCGGGCAUGCAACCCGUCUACAACUGUUCACUCCGGACCAAUGGCAAGAACUCCAGCAGGCUAUUGGAAAGCUCCCCAUUACGCUCGUCGGUCUACCCAACUCUGACCUGUACAUGCAAGGCCGCAGGGAUAUGGAUAAACCUCUCGGUCCACCCAGAAGCACGCUCCGCGUUCCUUACAUUGCGCGUAAAUAUGACUUGCAGAUCGCCAUGAGCGUCAACAACAUCGAAAACGCAUUUACACCUCAAGGAUCGGUGGAUCCGCUUGCCUUGUGUACCCUCGGCGUUGCGCUCUUCCAGUCUGCCACUCCUGGAGAUAUCAGGACCUUAAUACGUUCUGUAACAUUGACCUCGAAGCGCGCACUGGGGAUUGCUCCAAGCGAUCUACCUCAAGGCCUGUUCCCUCAAAAGGGCGAUCCUGCAGACUUUGUGAUCAUCCACGAAACUCAAACCUUAUAUCAAGCCGUUCUCAAUCCUAGCCAUGAUCGAACGACAAUUCGCGGCGGUGCGGUGGUAGCCCGAAGACUAACCAAGAGAUGGAUUACGUGCAGCCAGUCCCUAGUUGCUGUUCUUCCUUGGUACAGACGCGUCAAGUUGUCAUAUAUGCUGUUCCCGCCUUUGUUCUUGUAUAAAUUCCUCAUCAGUGGAGGUGUGCCAGUCUUUAUGCAUUUCGAGACGUCCCUUGAGAUUGUAUUCAAAGCUAUUGAUUCGACAGCCCUGCCCCAGCCUUACGAAAGCGAUGCAAGCUAG